UCAGCACCACAGGCGCGCGCAUGCACACGCACUCCGAAGCGUACAUUGUGUGAUGCUGAUUAGCACAAUAAUAAAGGCUAUUCCUUCAGCUUGCUUCCGGAACGAUAUUGGCAACUUAUUUAUAUUAUAUUGAUGAUGUUGUAACAUACAACCCUUUGUUGAAAGGAAAGGCUGGUGGAAAACAUACCGCCCUUUGCAAUGAGGUAAACAUAAUUCCAGUCUACAACUCUGGCAGCUGAAUCUCCAGACCAUUUGGGUGUGACCUGCCCCCCCCCAUAGGCUAGAAGGGAGGGCCGUUCUAGCCACUGCGACCACUCUCUCCCUCUUCAUGUUUACUUUGUGGUGAGAGUUGGGAGAGAUGCUCUUCUCUGUGACCCUUCAUCACCUCCUUCUGGCAGGGGUUUGUCUCUGCGUCUACAGCACCCCAGUCCUGCCCCUCCACGACUAUGCACCUUCCUCACAGGACAGUGGCUGUGAUGGACAAGCUGGAGAGCUAAUGGAGGGAGAGCCCUGUUUAACACCAGCAACUCCUGUCAGUGUCAUAUCAACAAGUGUCCAAUCUGGGCCCUCUGAUCCUGGCAGACUGUCCUAUGGGAUGGCAGAACACAUGACUGGCAGCUGGACUGACCUAUCAGAGAAUGUAGGAGCAGGGGGAGGCACUGGCCCAGAUGUGGGCGGAAGCGAACCAGGGGGGAUAGAGCCAGUGACGCAGGUAGGAAACGGGGACAGUCAUGGACGAGGAGUGGCUGGGGCUGAGAGCCAGGGGAGGGAGGCAAAGACGGGGGCUGCCUCUGAGAGCUUGUCUGAGGGGAAGGAGACUCACAGACAGCCUCAAGAAGCUCCAGAACUCUACACAGACAAAGAGGUGAGAGUAGGGCCCGAAGAGAAAACCAUGGAGAGUGUACCUAUUACCACCACUGGGGCCAUGUUGGCUUCCAUAGGAGAGAAGCAGGGGAUGACAGUGGCCGUGAAUACAUCCAGAGCUGCUAUACAUGAUGCCUCCACAGCAGCCAGAGCCCCAGAGCCAGACAGCCAGACAGGGACACACCCAGCUGGGGAGAGGAGAGACCUCAUCCUAGAAGAGAGGCCAGACCUCCAUGGUGGAGAGGAGGAGGAACUCAGACAGAGCUUGUCCAACCUCGGAGCUCCUCUUCUGGGCCAGGAGACAGAGACGAGCAGACCGAGCUCCUCAUCUCCCCAUAGCAUCCUUACACACUCCCCUUUGACCUCCAUCCCUCCGUCAGUAUGGGGAUCUAGAGGAGAAGCUUCAUUGCUGCCCCCUAGUGGUCUAGAGGCCACCGCCCCUGCCACUCCGCGGCCCCAAGAUGGAGAGACAGCGCCUGCUCUCCCAAACCCCCUCCUGACCAACCUUGGACCGGCCUUGACAGGAUCCUCCAGACAGGAUGACCCUGACAGCCUCUGGACUGAACCACUGCAGCGAAAUGGGGCCAUGGACGCCAGUGCUCCUCCCUUGCAGGACGCGGCCACAGAAGGCACAAUGUCCUCGGAGGACCUCCCUCUCAUCUUCGAGCCCUUUGAUGAUGUCACACCUGAAGGUGCGGGGGUAGCAGCGGCCACUCUCUCGCCCGGCAACUCACAGCUGUCUGUCGCCAUGGUUACCACAGGGAUGCUGCUGUCAGAGGCGGCGCUCGACCAGGUGGUCACUGUGGAUACAGAUGACACAGGGCCAUCCUGUGUCCCGUCCCCGGUGCUACCAGAUUGGACGUCGCCAUGGCAGACAUCCGGGGCUGAGAUCUCUGAGCCUAUCAGCCCCUCUUGUUCACCCAUAGACCCGCCCCCUCCAGAGACUGAACAGCCAGUAGACCAGUCUGACACAGAUGGAGGUGAGACCAUACAGAACCCAGAGGAAACCCUGCCAACAUCCGAACCCAAUCCUAUGAGCACCACCGCCCAGCAGAUCACCAUGACAAUGGUCACCAAGACAACCAACCUGCCUGCUGCCAAAUCCGGUCUGGAGGAGCUGGAGUCUGCAGAGGAGCCAGAGGAGGAUGAGAACACGGAGGAGUCAGAGGAAGAGGACAGCGAAGAGGACCUGAAUGAGAACCCCAUCCCAGCCCCCACCCGACCUCCCUACAGCCUCAUCCCCCCACCCCCUGUCUGGGUGCAGCGCAAUCAGGGCCUGAUGCGUAGCUGGGUGGAACUGAUCAGAGAAAAGGCAGGGUAUGUGUCUGGGAUGUUGGCCCCGGUGGGCAUUGGCAUCGCAGGGGCCCUGCUUAUCGUUGGGGCCCUCUACAGCAUCAGGAUGAUCCACCGUAAGAGGAACAGCUUCAAACACCAGAGCAGGAGGAAGGUCAGACACACUGAGCAACCCAGGGAGCCAAGCAGCAACGGGCAGGACCAAGCCAUGCUAUUGGCUGACAGUUCUGAGGACGAGUUCUGAUCCCGCCCACAGCCCUGUGCAUCACAUCUCCAUGACUACCACAUCUCCAAUCACUAUGGGCCGUCUGGCUAUGAGACAAUGGGGGAAGUGGGAGUCGUACCGACAGACUGAUGGGUUUUUGACAUGUAAAACAGGGUUGAAUGUUUGCACACCUAUGUAGUUACAGGUGCAUAGAGGGAAAAUUAUAGAAUAUUUUAACAAGAGACUCCAGGCUAUUGACAUUCUUGUAUGAUCCACGUGUUGAUCUCAACCCACACUGCAUAAAAUAAUGUCAGUGUGCUGAAGCCUCUUUUUUAAAUGACUUGCUAUGUAAUGAAAGGGCUUGAGGGGACACCUACAUGGCAUUCAAUAGGCUCUCUGUUUAUAAAACUUACGAGGGGUGCAUUUCAAUAGUCUAAAGUGGCUUCCUCGCCUUGUCUCCUUUCCUACAUUUAGGAAGCCAUUUUUAGAAAGGAAGCCACUUCAGACUAUAUAGAUGUACUUACGGUUACUGGAGUAAGAUUGCCACAUACUAUACUGUACAUAGCACAUCAUAGACACCGAAAACAACAUAAGCUCUCUGCAACAGUUGCAUUAAGGAAAUAUGUAUUGAAAAUACUGACAGCCAUUCUUCGAUUCAUACAUGUCGAUUGUUGAAAGCCAAAGGCAUGUCAUCAUCCUACUUCAAAAGCAUGCAGCAGGAACCAACUCUGUGUGUGUGUACAGUAUACUUAUAUUUUUCCUCUUGUUGCUCCUGACAAUGUUAUGUUUUUCCUCCAGUGCAUGGCAAGCAACUUCUUUCAUAACCGUAUAUACAAGGCUAAUACUUAUUUAAUCAUCUCUAUAUCAUGUACCAUUUCAUAGUCCAUUUCUGUACAGAAAGCCCAAGUCAUUUGGAGUCAUUACUAAUCAUUACAACCAUAUCCAUGCUGAGGGAUUUGUAAAGUGAGACCACUUCUAUUUUUCACUCAACUUCUCUAUCCUGUACUGUUGUUUCUCCUAACAGUGUAGCAAUAUAAUGUUCUUAAUUUGCACAGGUACCUGAAAGGACUGCAGGUUGACGUUUAUUUUCAUGUAACAGUCACCUGUAGCUCAGUUGGUAGAGCAUGGCGCUUGCAACGCCAG